AUGCCAGGCCGUCUGCUGAGUACCCUCGUCAGGGUGGCGCCCACCCCAUCACCCAAGGCGGACGCCGUUAAACCACACACACAUCCCCUCUUCCCCCCAGUGUAUUCCUACGAGCCCCCCGUCAAAGGGAAGUCAAAAUCCCAGGAGUCUCUCGUCAUGGAUAUCUUCAACCGCCACAAGCAUGACAAGCACCAUCAUGACGACCACAAAAAGAGCCCCAAGGUGGAAGCCCCCUCACCCGCCUCGAUGAACAUGAACGUCGAGUCGCCGCCCGUUGUCUUCUACAACAGCCCACAGUCGUCGACGGGCGCCAUUUUCUCUGGCCAGCUCUUGAUCAAUGUUCACGAGCCCUACGUCACCGUCGAAAAAUUUGAAAUGCGCCUCCUCGCCAUUGUUACCACCAAAAAGCCAGUGGCCCCGCACUGCACCGACUGCAGCACCCAGUCCACCGAAAUCCACAAGUGGGAGUUUCUAACCCAUCCUGCGUCUCUACGCCAUGGCCCGCACAGCUUCCCAUUCAGCCACCUGCUGCCGGGUCACUUGCCUGCCACCACCCAUGGCACCCUCGCGACGCUCGACUACUACUUGUCAGCUGUCGCUACUACCUCCUCGGGCGAAAAGAUCACCUACAAGCGCAGCCUGGACAUUAGGCGUGCCAUCUUCCCUGGAAAUGAGAAGCACUCUAUCCGCAUCUUCCCGCCUACCAACUUGACCGCUUCUGUCAAGUUGCCACCGGUUAUCCAUCCCAUUGGCGACUUCCCCAUCGAGAUGCGCCUGUCUGGUAUCGUUCAAAACAAGGCCGACUCACAGACGCGCUGGAGGCUACGCAAGCUCAACUGGCGCAUUGAGGAGACACAGAAAUUUAUCUCUCCUGCUUGUUCCAAGCACACCCAAAAGGUUGGCGGUGAAGGCAAGGGCGUUCUCCAUGAGGACGUCCGCGCCAUCGCCAACGAAGAAGUCAAGACUGGUUGGAAGACCGACUUCGAAAAGGGCGAAAUCGACGUAGAGUUCAACGCUGCUUGCAAUGUUGGGCUCAAGCCUCUCUGCGAUGUCGACAGCCAAAGCGGUAUGAGUGUCAAGCACAACCUCAUCAUCGAAAUGGUGGUUGCUGAGGAGUGGGCCCCGCUGAAGAAGCUCAGCCAGGCCACGCCUACUGGCGCUGCUCGCGUACUCCGCACUCAGUUCCAUCUGGUCCUCACCGAGCGCUCUGGAAUGGGCAUCGCCUGGGACGAGGAGCAACCUCCAGUCUACGAGGACGUUCCGGCUAGUCCUCCCACUUAUGUCGACGAUUGCGAGUUUCCGGAUUCUACUAGUAGCUCCCGCUCUGCAAGCUUCUGUCUUUAA